AUGCCUCUGGGGAUGAAUAAGCAUGGAUCUCGCUCUACUACCUCUUUGCCUCCGGACCCCACGGAGAUCGUCAGGAGCAAGGCCUGCUCCCGAAGGGUCAAGCUCAACGUGGGGGGGCUGGCCCACGAGGUUCUCUGGAGGACCUUGGACAGGUUGCCGCGGACCAGGCUGGGGAAGCUCAGAGACUGCAACACACACGACUCCCUCAUGGAGAUCUGUGAUGACUACAACCUGGAGGAGAACGAGUACUUUUUUGACAGGCAUCCUGGGGCAUUCACCUCAAUCUUGAACUUCUACCGUACUGGCAAGCUGCACAUGAUGGAGGAGAUGUGCGCCUUGUCCUUCAGCCAGGAGCUGGACUACUGGGGGGUGGAUGAGAUCUACCUGGAGUCCUGCUGCCAGGCUCGCUACCACCAGAAGAAGGAGCAGAUGAAUGAGGAGCUGAAGAGAGAAGCUGAGACGCUGAGGGAAAGGGAAGGGGAGGAAUUUGAUAACACUUGUUGUGCUGACAAAAGGAAAAAGCUCUGGGACCUCCUGGAGAAGCCCAACUCUUCCGUAGCGGCCAAG